AUGAUUGACCUACUUUAUGAUCUUAGGAAGUAUGCAGUUGCAAAGCACCCAGAAUUCCUCACAGCAAUUAGCGAUGCUGAAAAGGGUGCUCUUCAGUUAGGUGUGGACCAAGGUGUGCUUGAGCAAAAUGGCAGCUUAAAAGACGAUGAGGAAAUGUCCAGUUAUUACAGCGAGAUUCGUUCGAUUGGCGUUUCUCUUGGCUAUAUAAACAAGAUGAUUGAUGAAAUCAGGAUUAAUAAGCAACGUGCAUUGCUAACUACAAGCUCAAGUGAGGACGAAGAGAUAUCUGAGAAUCUGUCUAAGAUUCUGGAUGAGACACAUGAAAGGACUCUGGAGUUAAAGAAUAAUAUAGAAUAUUUAAGGGCUCAAAAUGAAAAUCUUAAAAAGAAGGCCAGUAAAAAAGAAGCAGCUGAAAUUAUGAUUAGAGAAAAUUUGCUUCAGACUAUCUCGAAGAGAUUUAGGGAAACUAUAUCCGAAUUUCAGGCAGUACAGUCUGAAUACAAAGCUGAGAUGAGAAAUAAGAUUUUUAGACAAAUAAAAAUAGUCUAUCCAGAUGUCACACAAAAUACUAUUGAAUUGAUUGCUGAAGAAGAAGGCAAGAUAACUACAACACAACUAAUAAAAAUGAAAUUGAGUGGAUCACAUGAAACUAUCGGAAAUGCAAUAACUGAUUUACAAGAUAGAUAUAGAGAUAUUAGAAGGCUCGAGAAGAGUGUUGAAGAGUUACAGCAGUUAUUUAUUGAGUUGGCAUCGUUAAUUAAUGAGCAGGGUGAAAUGUUGGACCACAUCGAGUUCUCUGUCUCUACUGCUAGGGAUUACACUGAAAAAGCGGACAUAGAGUUAAUUUCGGCCAGAAAAUAUCAAAAGAGAACCCAAAAGAAGAUGCUGUGGAUUAUUUUGUGUAUAUUUAUACUGAUCUUCGUUGUUAUGCUACCUAUAAUCAUCGGGGUUUCAUUAGAAAGUUGA